AUGGCUGAUAUAAAUAAAAUUAUUUCAUCAUCAACUAUCAACGAUGAAAUAAAAAAUAAUACUACAAAUUAUAUUAAUACUGAUGAUAAUGAUGAACAACAUAUACAAUCAAAAAUAAUUAAAUGUAAAACAAAUAAUCAACAAAAUCAAAUAUCAUCAUAUAAUAUAUUAACAUCAAAUAGUACAUCAUCAACAACAAUACGUUCAAUUGAUGUACCAAAUGAACAUACAUCAAUUAAAUUACAUAUACGACGUGUUUGUUCACCAUCAUCAUCAUCAUCAGCAACAGCAGCAACAGAAACUUUAUCAAUAAAUCCAACAACAAAUCUUUUAUAUCAAACAAAUGAACAAUCAACAACAAAAAUAAUAUCAAGAAAAUUUUUUCAUACAAAUACAGAACUAUCAAAUAAUAAUUUAUCACGUCGAUUACUAACAACUCGACGUCGUUCAUUAAUUGAAAGUGAUUUAACAAAUUAUGAUCAUUCAAAAAUAAUUAUGAAUAUAUAUGAUGAAAAUACAUUAAAAAAACAAACAACAAAAACAAAUGGAUAUAAACGUAAAUUACAAAAUGAUCAACAAGAAAAAAAACAACAAAAAUUAAUAACUAAAACAACUAAACAACAAACAAAUAAUAUAAAAUCUUCUAAUACACUUGUUCAAACUCGUUCAUCAUCACGUUUAAAACAAAAACAUCAACCAAUUAAUGAACAUCGUUCAUCAACAAUAAAACGACGUUUAAGUUCAGAACUUCAAACAGUAUCAAUAUCAACUGAUAAUCUAUUACAUAAUGAAUAUAAACAUUCAAAUGUAUCAUCAUCAAAACAAUUAACAACAAAUGAAUGUCAAACAACAGAUGAUAUUAUUGAAAUAUUUCAUAAACCUAUUCAAACAAAUUAUUUAAUUAAAUCAGAUAAAUCAACAUAUACAGAUUUUAUUGAUCAACCUUAUUGUGAAAAUAGUACACAAACAAUACAAAAAGAUGAACAAGAAACUCAAACAAUUGAUCUUAAUUGUCCAAAUGAUUCUCAAGUUUAUUUAUGUCAAACAACAACAAGUCAAAUACAAUGUGAUGGUAUACCAACAUCAUCAUCAUCAUCAAUAACAUCACCUAUUAUUAUAAAUCAAUCAAAUGAUAAUCAACAACAACAACAACAACAAUUAUCAUCACCUUUUAUAGAUUUAUCAUUAACAAAUAGUAAUCAUGAUCGUUCACAAUUAUUUCAAAGUCUUAUACAUACAGAAGAACAUCCAAAUGGUGGUGCAAGUCUUAUACGUACAUAUUAUAAUGAAUUUAUACGUUUAUCAAAUGAAAAUGCUCAUUUAUUUGUUAAUUAUUUUUUUAAUCUUGUUUAUGGUGAAGUUAAUCAACGUGCUAAAUAUGCUAUUGGUGUUGUACAUGAUGGUGCAAGAUAUUUACCUGAUUUAGUUGAUUAUUUUAGUUUAACAUAUCCAAAAAUGAUUGUUAAAACAACAAAUAUAUUUAAUUCAAAAGAAAUUUUAACAACAACUAUGGGAGAAUAUAGAAAUCGUAUUGUACAAACAUAUUCAAAUGGUACAUUUCGAUGUGGACCAUUAAUGAGUAUAUCAUUAGUUGGUACUGUUACGGGAAAAGAAGAAUGUGGUGAUUAUUUUCCAACAUUUAUUGAUAAACUUGAAGAAAAUCCAUUUCUUCAAUGUGUUAUGCCAUGGGGACCAUUAUCAUCUCAAAAACUAAAAUCACGAACAGAUUCAAAUGAUGGACCUAUUUUAUGGGUACGACCAGGUGAACAAUAUGUACCAACAGCUGAACAUAAAAUAUGUCAUCCAAAAAAACGUAUGACUAAUGAAUUACGUAAUUUAACAUUUAUUGGUCGUGGAACAGAUCCACGUGAAGUACUUGUUGAAGAUCGUACAAAACCACAUAGUGAUCAUUGUGAUAGUGAUGGACUUGAAACAACAGCUGCUGUUGGAAUAUUAAAAGCUGUACAUGUUGGAACACCAUCAACAGUUAAUCGAAUGGUUAAAGAUGUUGUUUGUUUUCAUGCUGAAGAUUUUGAAAAAAUUGUUGAACGAUUAAAAAUUGAUAUUUAUGAACCACCUAUAUCUCAAUGUUUACAAUGGUGUGAUGAUGGUAAACUUAAUCAAUUACGACGUGAAGGUAUUCGUUAUGUUCGUUUACCACUUUAUGAUAAUGAUAUUUAUUUUAUUCCCAGAAAUGUUAUUCAUCAAUUUCGUUCUCUAUCAGCUGUAACAUCUAUUGCAUGGCAUGUAAGACUUAAACAUUAUUAUCCAAAUGAUGUACAUGAAGAAGAAUAUACUCCUCUAUAUAGUCCAAUAUCUGAUACAUAG